AUGUCCUACAACUGCUCCACAAGGAACUGUUCUUCCAGGCCAACUGGAGGACGCUGCACAGUCCCCAUGGCCUCAGUUGGCAUGGCUACGUCUGGAGAUGCUGAAGGCCUGAGUGGCAUUCAUUUGCCCAGUUCCUUCCAAACCGGGUCCUGGCUCCUGGACCACUGUCAGGAGACCUUCUGUGAGCCCACUGCUUGCCAGCCAAGUUGUUUCCAGCGAACUUCUUGUGUCUCCGUCCCUAGCCAGGUGACUAGCUCUCGUCAAACAACCUGUGUCUCCAAUCCCUGCUCAACUCCCUGCAGCCGGCCACUCACCUUUGUCUCCAGUGGUUGUAAGCCCCUGGGAGGCAUCUCCGGUGUCUGCCAACCUGUGGGUGGUAUCUCCACUGUGUGUCAACCAGGGGGAGGAGUCUCCAGUGUGUGCCAAUCAAUGGGAGGAGCUUCCAGUGUAUGUCACCCAAUGGGAGGAAUCUCCACUGUGUGCCAACCAGCGUGUGGGGUCUCCAGUAGGUACCAGAGGUCCUAUGUGUCUACUUGCCGAAGAACUUGCUAA